CAUGGAUCUGACGCGGGGUCCCCAUAAUGAUGGAGACGUUCCAUCCUGGAGCUCCUACUCGAAUGGAUGUUUAAUAAAGCUGUUCUCUUGUGAUGCCCUUUGCUCUCUUUCUCCUUCACCCUCUUCCCUUCCAACAGGUCACGGAGCUGCCAUUCACUAAGCCGGUUAGCAGGGUGAGCCGCUCGACAUUGUGGCCUUCGCCCGCUUCCAUCAUCGACGCUUGACAGUUACAACAGUCGCAUGUGAUACAGUCGCUAGCGCCCUGAACAGAGUCCCGUCGACGGCUCCAUUAAUAACCCACUCUUUCUCAACAAUAUCUCCUUCUCAGCUCUUGACUUCAAAGAUGGCUAUCGAGAUGCUACCUCGCAAUGUCGCCCCGCCAGAUGUCAGAAAUGUGGUGACACCUGUGUUGUCAUCAUUAUCUGGCGCGGCUGCCUCUACAGAACCAGCCCCCGCGGUCUUACCAUCACUCGCGCCCAUUCUUCGACAGCGGGUGGUACUGCUAUCUUCUGCCAGCACCGAGCCCUGGAUCCGGUUGCUCACAUAUGACACCUCAAAGGUGCCCCAGCUGACGAGCAUCGCUCGGAGCGGCGAACUGGAUCAACACCCAGUCUCGGGGGAAAUCGAGGUGGAUUGGGCCAACGAGGUCGACGUCAGGUAUAAGAGACUAGACCAGGAGACGUUGCAGGCCCUGGUUGUCCUCAACGAGCUGUCUCUGUUUUUCCGUCUCGUUUUCUGCACCGGCGAUCCGGACGGUGGCGGAGACGGAUGGAGGGUUGGUGAGGUUGGGGUCGUCGAUCCGUCCCUUCUCACCUCCUUUCGCGGCUUCCCAAGCAUCAGCGAAGCCGAGAAGUCAUUUCAGGCUUCAAAAGCAACACCCAACGGAGGAUUAUACCGCCCCGGGCGCCUGACGCCAAACGAUACUGCCUGGAGCGCACAAGCUACGGCGGGUGGGGAGGAAGGAGAUGAUGAUGAUGACGGCGACUACUGGGCUCGGUACGAUGCGACGCCCUCUCGCACGCCGGCGACAAAACGUUCGCCCGCUCCACCGACACUUGCUCCACAUCCACUGGCACAGACGUCACGCCCAGAGAUGCAACGCAGCGAGUCCACCGAGGCCGAGGACGCGUACUUUGCUCGCUACGACUCGGUCCAGCCGGCAAUGGACAACCACGAUCCUGACGAGGAGGUACAUGUACCCCUCGCCGAGCGCGGUACGUAUGGAGCCGAGAUCUCACCUCCGAGUCUGGCAAACCCAGAACCCACGUUGGCCGAGCAACUUGCCGCCAAACGCAGUGAGACGAACGGCACGACGGCAGUAUCAAAGCCUAUUCCCAUCAAGCCCGCCUCCCGAGGAAGUGACGAGGACAUGGCGCACCUCAUGCACCCACGACCUGCCUCGAGCGCGAGCUCAAGCGGAUCACAGACGGUUGCCAAACUCGAAGAGGUAGCAAAGAGCCGUCAGCAGGCCGAGUUCGGGGUGAAGCAACACAUUUCGCGCAGCAUUAGGAGCCUGUUCUUGUUGUCAAAGGCCUCGGGUAUCGAUCGCGAGGAGUUUGAGAGGAUCGUUCAGACGGAGCUGGAUGUGGCUGGGAUGAUUGAGGACGAGAUGUAAUGCGGUGCGCAUGGGGUCCAUGACUUUAUGCUUUCUUGGUAUUGCAAGUACAGGGCCGGGUCGGAAUAUCUGUUCGGUCCUUUCCAUGGUUAAGUUAUGGGGAGGUCCGGUUGUGCGUUCGCCAUUUGGUCCGGUCAGCCUCUAGGGGAGAACGGAGUUCGCAGGCGUCAGGUAGAUAUCAUUGGUUGUAUGGAGGACUGGCUGUAUCGUUAGGAUCUCCCUCAUCUGAUAAUUCAAGAGUUUAUCUUUCAACCGC